GCGGUUGCCGGCUUCCCAAAAUGAGCUGGACUCGCUCGGACGCCUCGAGCCACUCCGCCAUGCUCAGCAGCAGUAGCAGCGACAUUGGCGCUGUCUGCAUUGAGCUGCGUCCGACAGCAUUGACGACGCCUGAGAAUGAGACUGACUGGGCUUCCAUUGCCCAACAACAACCCAAUCAAGACCUUCAACAACUGGAGCAGCAGAGCAGCGGCGACGCGACCGAGCUCGAGGUGCUCCAGUUUCCAAGUAGCAACAGUAGUGCCAACAGCAAUGCAGCUGAUAGACUGAAAGCGGCUGGAGCCGGAGCCGGAGCAGAACCCACCGCCGCCACCGAGUCGGCCGACCGCAAGCAGCCAACGAUCAAAGCCAAGCAAGUGCCGCCGCGAGUGCUGGCGCUGGCGACCCCGCGCGUGCGUAGAAUGCUCAAGCUGAGGACGCGGAUACGGUUUGUGUCGUUUGUGCUGUUUGCCGUGCUGGGCAAGACGCUGCUGCUGUCGCUCGUGCUGCCGUUCUGGGGCGAGACGAGCAUCUCGCAGACGCGCAAUGUCACUGCUGCGCCGCCGACGCCGUCAACUCCAGGCACCUUCAAUGUCCAUGUCGAUGUCAGCGACAAGAAUGUCGGACUGCUGUUCGAGUACUCGGACUUUGGCCACCGCGCAACAUUUCCGCAAUGGCCGUUCGGACUCUCCGCGUUCCUCAUGUGUGUCUCGAUUGUCUUGCUGAUGGCAACCGGACUUGUGCUCGAGCAUUGUCGGCGAUGUAUUCUGGAAGGCCAGCGAGUACUCGGCUACCACACUGCUGCCGCCAUUCUACCGCUCUUCCAAAUUCUCGCGCAGCUCGGAGCGUUCUACAUUUUUGGUCGGUACGGCAUGCCGCGCGAAAUGGAUGACGGCACUGCCAACUACCAGUGGGACUCGACCGUCUGGGGCGGCUCAAUCUACGAGCUGUUUGUCAUUAUGGCGAUGGAGGGCCUGCAGUGCAUCACACAUCUCAACCUCCGCCUUGUGGUUGGGCAAAUACCCGGCGAGGUCCUCAAGUACGAAGACGAGCUCGAUUCCAAGGAGAAGGCGGAAGAAGGAGAAGCAGACGACAGCGGCGAUCGGUUGUCCGCGCCAAGAUCCACCUCUGCUCUGAUGGCCGAGUCCAUGCGAGAGGACGCCAGUCGCUCUUCCACCGAGCAAGACGCUUGGCCCUCGCAUGUGUAAAAAGAAUGAUUUUUUUUUUUUGAGUCGCUGUUGUUGUUUCUCUUCCUCUGUUGACGAGUGAUGAGCUUAGUAGUUUAAGUCGUUUUUGUACCACCGGUUUUCUGUUCAAUAGCAUGUUACUUUGGUCUGGGAUGAAUCGUUCGCUUGCAAUCACGCUUCCAUAUGCUGUAUGUACUUGUCACUCUUUGUUUGUCCC